AUGUUCGGGUUCCGGCGGAAGUUUGACCCGCCGCCGCCGGAAUCUGAUAAGUUUGAUAUAUACGGUCAAGGUUUUACUUUUUGUGCUGAAAAAGGAGGAAGAAAUAGAAAUUUUGUAUUGAUUGAUUGGGCUUACGUGGAGAAAUAUGCGGAGGCGUUUCAGAGUAGAGAUAUUUUUACGCUGUGGGGGAUUCUACAGCUGUUACGGUGGUACCCAGGUAAAAUCCCCGAUUUGGACCUCAUGUUCAAUUGCGGUGACCAGCCCAUUGUUUUUGCUAGUGAUUACGCUGGGCCUGGGCCUGGGCCCAAUGCGACGACCCCGCCUCCUUUGUUCCGCUACUGCGCAGAUGAUGACACGUUGGACAUUGUUUUCCCUGAUUGGUCCUUCUGGGGAUGGCCUGAGAUCAAUAUAAAGCCAUGGGUAUCACUUUUAAAAGAUCUAAAAGAAGGCAACCAAAGGAAGAAAUGGAUCGACAGAGAACCUUAUGCUUAUUGGAAGGGAAAUAGUUUUGUUUCUAUGCCCAGAUACAAACUUCUCAAAUGCAAUGUCUCUUAUGGAUAUGAUUGGAAUGCUCGUGUAUAUAUGCAGGAUUGGAUCAAGGAACAGGAACAAGGAUUCAAAGAAUCAAAUCUAGCGAAUCAAUGUAUUCAUAGGUACAAAGUAUACAUUGAGGGAAUUAGUUGGUCGGUGAGUCUUAAGUAUAUCCUUGCUUGUGAUUCAGUUACGUUAAUGGUAAACCCCCAUUUCUAUGAUUUCUUCAUGAGAAGUUUGAUGCCUUUGCAUCACUAUUGGCCAAUCAAAGAAGAUGAUAUGUGCAAGGAUAUCAAGUUUGUUGUCGAUUGGGGCAAUAUCCACCAACAAAAGGCACAAGCAAUUGGGAAGGCAGGAAGCAAAUUCAUUGAAGAGAAACUAAGGAUGGAGAAUGUGUAUGACUACAUGUUUCAUAGUCUAAAUGAAUACUCCAAACUUUUAACCUUUAAGCCAACCAUCCCACCAAAUGCUACCGAGCUUUGCUUGGAGGAAUUGGUUUGUGCUACUGAAGGCUUAGCCACCAAAUUUAUGAUAGAUUCGCUCGUGAAACGUCCUUCGUAUUCGAACCCUUGCUCCUUGCUUCCGCCCUUUAGCUCGACCGCUCUCGACUACAUUCGAACCAGAAAGGAAAUCUCAAUCAAACAAGUCGAAAGGUGGGAAAAAGCUGUGCAGUAUGGGUGAGAUAUAAGAUUAGCGUGAGAUUUGACAUUUAGUGUAUUUUUCCAAUAUUUUCACGGACAAUUGUUCUUAUCGAGAGAUUGAUGCUAACUUUAUUUUAGAAUUA